UCUACCUCCUGGGCUGCCUUGGCCAGGCCAAGGCCGAGUGGCCACAGCCCCUGUGGCUGGAGCCCCUGGAGGACAUGAUGGAGGUCACAGCAGCCUCUCCCGCCUGCAGGCCCAGGAGGAAGAGGAGGUGCAAGGCCCUGCGCCGCACUGCCCGCCAGGGUCACCCCCAGGAGGCUGAAGAGACGUCUGCUGAGCAGAACGGGGGAGAGAAUGCAGGACAGCCCUCCCCGGAGGCUGCAGUGCGGGGCACUGUGGUCCGUGCCAUGCAGAAGGUGCUCUGGAGCCGCCUGCAGGAGCUCCCGGGCCUGGCGCUGAGCAGGGAGGCCGUGGAGGGCAUCGCUGUGGGCAUCGAGGCUGCCCUCUUCAGCCUGACACAGGCCACCAACGGCCACUACAAGAACAAGUACCGCAGUCUGCUGUUCAACCUGCAGGACCCCCGGAACCCCGAGCUGUUUCUCAAAGUGCUUCGCGGGUCUGUGCCCCCCCACGGUCUGGUGCGCAUGAGCUCCAUCCAGCUGGCGCCCCAGGACCUGGCCCGCUGGCGGGACCAGGAGGAGAGAAGGGGCCUGGAACGCCUUGAGCAGCUGCAGAAGGAGCCCCGCAGCCUCCCGGCCUUCAAGGUGACCCACAAGGGGGAGGUGGAGAUCCUGCGGGACACGGACCAGAGCCUGACGCUCGAGGACCUGGUGGGCCCCGUGAUGCCACCCAUGCUGGAGGACCCCGCCGAGCAGCGCAAGCCCCACGUCCCGGACCCCAGCAGCCACAUCUGCACGGGCCCGGACCCCACGUGUGAGCCGCAGGACUCCCUCAGAGCCCCCGGCAAGGUGGCGGACAAAAACUUCCAGAACAUUCUGAACUCAGCCCCUGUGUGCUCUCCAGAGAUCCCCCAGAGUGGGCUGAAGCCUCCCGUGGAAGCCCAGGACAGGUCACAGAUGCCCGCUGGGCCUCCCAAGGCCGCCCCCAGCCAGCCGCCCUGGGAGGGGGCUGUGGACAUGUUCUCCAUCCGGCGCUUCCGGGCCAAGGCCCAGCUGGUGUCAGGACACAGUUGCCGACUCGUCAUGGCCCUGCCAGAGGUGAUCCGCUCAGCAGGCUGCAUCCCCUCCAGCACCGUCUGGGACCUUUUGGCCAGCCUCUGCCCAGCUGAUGCCAAGGACGUGUGCGUGGUCAGGCUGUGCCCACAUGGCUCCCGGGACGUGCAGAACUGCCGCCUGCUCUACUCCUACCUCAACAACAAGCAGCGCCACGGCCUGGGCGCCCUGGAAGACAUGAGGCUGGUCCUGCUGCCCCUGCCUGCCUUCCAGCCGCUGCCGGCCAGAUUCCGCCCACUCGGAGGCCCAGGCCUGGACGUCACUCACUCCAGCCUGUUGCUGGCCGUGCUGCUCCCCAGAGCAAAGCUUCCGGACCCCACAGAGUCAAGCCUCUUGAAGGGGAAGGUCCGCAAGACGGUCUCCUUCAGCAAACGGGUGGAGCUGAGAUGCUACCAGCCAGAGGCCAGGAAGCCGGCGGUGCCCCCAGAGGGUGUCCCUGCCCCCCAGCAAUAUCAGGACGGAGGCAGCCUGACCCCCAGGAGACCGUGUACAUGGCAGAGACCCUCCAGAGGCAGGGGCAGACUGUGGGGAGAGCCUGAGACCAGGCAGCGUCCUGAGCAAGGACAGUGUCCCCCAGAACUGCACUGGAGCCAGUCCUGGCACCCCUGGUCAGCAGCACCAACAGAUGCUGGUCAGAGCCAUGGCCAGCACUUCUCCAGGACCACCUGUCCCCGCCAAGCCCUUCUACAAUAUCUUGAAUCCCUGGUGGCCAUGAGCCACCAGCUCCAAGCCUCACUCGGGUGUCCAGACCAGGUCCUUGCUCCUCCAUCCUUCGCCACAUCUGCCCCACCCACCACGACAUCGGAGAUCCUUGGCCUUGUCUGCCAGCUCCCCACACUACCUGGCCCCCUGGGCUUGGCCUCUGACUCCUCUUUGGACCCAGCAGAAGAACCUGUCCCUGAGUGUCCCGAGGAACGUGACCCUGAGUGUCCCUAGACACCCAUCAACCCCCAGGAGAGAGGCUUGGAUUCCCUCCCGGGGCUGACACUCAGCCCUCUCCUGGGGGAAAGGGUGAAGAAGCAGGGGGUCAGCUCAGUACACCUGUCCUGUUAGGGUUUCCUGUUCUGCAAUCUGACUGAUGUUGAUUUUUGGUUCAAUAGAGAAUUUGUCAGAAUUGAGACUGCAUCUGC